GCUUGACAUACGCGCUGAAAACGUCAACUUGGAGUCGCUUUUCGGUGCACGCCGCAAACAUUUAUUUGUUAAGCGCGCUUUAUGCGUUGGAGCACAGUUGACUUCGCCAGUCAACUUUAGGAAGUGAUGUAUGUCAAACACAAGGUCGAAAGGAGGCCUGGAAUUCGUUUAUGCAAUAAUAACAGGGGAACGAACGAGCGGCGUGAGUUUCUGCGAGGUCGUUCGGCGAGUGCGAGCCGCUCGGAGAAGUCGCUCACAGCAUCUAUGACAGAUGCAAAGCGUCCCCUCCCACUCGAUUCUGUGCGGCCCCACUUCAGAUCCAAUUCCAAAUACAUGCAUAGCCUCAAUGGUGCACGGGGGGAAUGAAGGGCCAGCGCGUCAGGCUACAAGUUAGCUCCUCAACUUUAUAGCGUCUUGGUGUAUGGUUGGGAAGAAGAGCUUCGACGGCCAUCAAAGUGUUUUGGACACCGCAACAGACGCGGACGCUUGCGCAUCGUUUUGGGGGUGGAGGGGUGAUCGGAGCUUCGCGGCUAACCGAGCCAAGCUAGUUGUUAACUUCAGCUAGCGGUUGUUUCAACGUCGUUUUGUUUUACUUUUAAGCUAGUUUGCACUGUCGGGCUUAUCCGGCAAAAGAACGUUGUUUUGCGCGGAGUUAUAGAUGACAUUCCUCGGGAGGCUUUUACUGAGCACCGAACUAGCUGACUGGCUACCCGCGCUGCAACAACGCUUCCCUCGGACGCUUGUGUGUCUUUUGUGGGCUCCCUGCUCUCCCUCGGCUGAAACAGCUAGCUCACGUUAGCUAGCAUACCCGCCCGAGCAAGCGGGCUAAUAUUGCGGGAGUCGAAAAGCGGAAUAACCAGCCGGCUCGAUGGACCAUAUGUCCAUAAUAACCCAAGUUUCCAACCCGAAGGAGGAAGAAAUAAUAUCCUUCAACCAGGAAAAAGCAUCGCAGACCAACGGCAGUCUCAAGAAGCAGAGGAGCAGGAGCAUCUUCAGCACAUUCUUCUGCUGCUUCCGCAACUACAAUGUGGAACCGCCCACAACCAAUAGCAACACAGCUCCCCUGCCUCCCCCUCAAACCGAGGAGAACGGAUCGCCGCCCAAGGUGAGCUCUAAGGUCGAGGUCCUCCCUGUCCCGAGUCCGCCAGCCAAAUACCUCCUACCAGAGAUGAAAAUUUCGGACUACGGUAAAAAGUGUGUUGUGAUCGACUUGGAUGAAACUCUCGUCCACAGCUCAUUUAAGCCAAUCAGCAAUGCAGAUUUUAUUGUUCCAGUGGAGAUCGAUGGCACAGUUCAUCAGGUUUAUGUGCUGAAACGACCACACGUGGACGAGUUCCUUCAAAAGAUGGGAGAGUUGUUUGAAUGUGUGCUCUUCACAGCCAGUCUUGCAAAGUACGCAGACCCCGUGGCAGACCUGCUGGACCAGUGGGGCGUGUUCAGGGCGCGACUCUUCAGAGAGUCCUGCGUGUUCCACAGGGGCAACUAUGUUAAGGACCUCAGCCGGCUCGGGCGAGAGCUCAGCAACGUCAUCAUUGUUGACAACUCACCCGCCUCGUACAUUUUUCACCCAGAAAAUGCUGUGCCGGUCCAAUCUUGGUUUGACGACAUGAAUGACACGGAGCUGCUGGACCUGCUGCCUGUCUUUGAGGGACUUAGCAAAGAAGAGGAGGUUUACGGGGUCCUCCAGAAUUUGAGAAGCAGGUAGCAUCUGCACUCGCCAUCCUCCUCUUUCGACCUAUACACCCCCCCCCCCCCACCCAACUUGCUCUCUCCAAUACAUCUCACGACUGAGGUGACGCGGGGUCCCGCCACAAUAGUCUCAUCUCCUGGAGACUGGCUGCAUUCGGAGUGCCAUCUCAUAUGAGAAGAAAUGCACUUAAUUCACCCAACAACAAAAAUACUCACGUGAAGAUCUGCAGUUGCCACCAUUGGGGACAAAAUGCUAUGAGGAAAGAACUCUGGUCUUUAUUUUCAAACCAACAAAGUUUUACUAUUUGGUUAAGUCCUUCAA